UAAACGAUUUAACAUCUAACAAAUACUUUCACAUUGAAAACUCCCACUGUUUGGAUGAAAAGACAAAACGACAGACAAUACGAAUGAGGUGGUAUGGAGAAAAUAAAUGGGAAUGAAUGACAUCAACAAGACCACAGUGAACUGAUAUAUCAAUCAAUCAAUUAUUAUUUUUUCCGUCUGUCUCGUUGUCGUUGUCUUCGUCUUGUGAUUCAUUCCAUUCGAUUGUGAAUAGGGAGAGAAACAAAAAACAAACGACAAAGUGUGACUCAAAACGAGAAAGGUGACAAUAAAUUAGUUUCCAAUCGAAAGUUUUGUGUGUGAAAGUGUGCGACGAAACAGAUCGUCGAAUUUUGUGUACGAAAGAAGCAACAACGAGAUAAUUUUAGGUCGAAGAAAAUUCAUUUUUCUUCGUUUAUUGUGCCAAAAUGAAACAACCAAAUGAAAAACAACGUAUGAACAAACCGAGCACACUACUUUCUCAAGAUGAAAACGAUUUGGUGUUUUCCUUAUUGGGUCGUCGUUGUCAGGCGAUGAGCACGGCAGUGGUGCAAUUGUUUACAACAGAGGCCCCAGCCCAUUCAGCCUGGAGCAAACGCUUGAGUGGAAUUGCUUGCUUUGUACGAGACAGUUCGAAGCGAUCGUAUUUCAUUCGUGUGUAUUGUAUGGCUAAACAUGAGCUGGUCUGGGAAGAAGAAAUGUAUGACACUAUUGUCGUUGGCAAACCACGCGAAUUUCUAAUCAACUUUGAAGGACAAGAUUGCAUGGUAGCCUUGAGUUUUGCAUCAGACGCUGAAGCAAAUAUUUUCUAUCGAACUGUCACCGCAACUAUUGCCAAUCGCUCGAAGAAACGACGCAGCCGAAAAUUUUCACCAACCAAAAUCGAUGGCAGCCAAGACACUGGCUAUGAUUCAGGUGUUGUUCUACGCAAUCAAAAUUCCACAGGAAUGACACCAUUUUCACAAAUGUCGCAAUCGACUAUUGGCAUACGUGACAAAAAGAGACCAAAUCGUAAAUUAACGAAAGCAGACAUUUCACAACCAACGAAUUUUAAGCACUUAGCACACGUCGGAUGGAAUGAUAGCAAACAUUUUGAAUUGAACAACGAAGAUGUGAACAAUUUGGAUACGUUUUUGAAAAAGGCUGGUGUGUCCGAACAACAAUUGAAUGAUCGCGAUACUCGCGCUUAUAUCUAUGAUUUUAUUCAGAGCCACAAUGUGCUGGACUCGGUUAAAUUGGAAACACAACAAUCACCACCGCCAGUUCCAACACGCAAUAAUCCAACACAGCGAAUUGCACCGCCGCCACCGCCAAGUGCGAAUGUGUCAAAGCCACCCGCUCAGUUGCCAAAACAAUCCAGAACGGGUCCACCAGGUCGACCUCCACCAAUUUCGGAUCCACAAAUUCAGCAAUCGCAAGCAGCUACAACUGUACACAUUCCAGCUCCACCACCUCCACCACCGCCGCCGCCAUUGAAUACAUUGCCAUCAUUAGCUAAUCAAAAUCCGGUUUCGACACCGGCACCACUUUCGGUUCCAGCAGCACCAGAUCCACGAGGUGCUCUUAUGGAUAGUAUUCGAAAGGGAACGACCCUUCGCAAGGUUGAUCCGGCCGCAUUGAGCACCGGCAGUGGCAGUGGUGAUGCUCGUAGUGAAUUACUUUCCGAAAUUCGGCAAGGUAUCGAACUGAAGCCAGUCGAGCAAAGUGGACAACGUGAUUCAUGUAAUCGUGGCACGGAUGCAUUGGCCGAUGCACUUCGACGAGCACUGCAAGAACGAAGCCGUGUGCUUAGGUCAUCCGACGAAGAGGAAGACACAUCCGACAACGAGGAAUGGGAUGAUUAAUUGAUAUAUAUCAAAAAUGGAAUCGUAUGGGUUACAAAUACAAAAUUUCUUCUUGUUUUAUCUUCUGAGAAACUGAGAAACAGAGAAAACACAAACACACAUAUUUUGAAAAUAUUAGAAUAGACUUUAUGUUAUUGUUUCGUUCGAUAAUAAACAUUUUUGUUGAAUAUAUAAACUA